UCCCCCUCCCCUCCCCCCGCCCCGCCCACCCCACCCAUGGCCGCCGCCGCCGCCGACGCGUCCGCCGAGGCCGCAGCCAUCGCACGGCGCCUGGCCUCCUGCAACGCCGGCGCGCGGGAGCGCACGGUCCGGUACCUCCUCUCCGACUUCCUGCCCGCCUCCGCGCCGCGCCUCUCCGCCGCGGACCUCCUCAAGCUCUGGAAGGGCCUCUUCUUCUGCUUCUGGCACGCCGACAAGCCGCUCUACCAGUCCUCCGUAGCCACGCGCCUCGCCUCCGCCGUCUCCGCCGCGCCGUCCCCGGCCGACGGCACCGCCUUCCUCGCCGCCUACCUCACCACGCUCCGCAGGGAGUGGGCCCACAUCGACGUCCACCGCCUCGACAAGUUCUACCUCCUCAACCGCCGCUUCCUCCAUCACGCCUUCCUGCUCAUCAAUUCCAACUCCUUCGCCCCCGACGUCACCUCGCAGAUCGUCUCCAUCCUGUCGGAUAAGGCUCUCCUCCCGGAAGCUGACAAUGUCGCUGCCGGCACCUCCAGGGGUCUCGGGUACCAUGUCGCCGAGGCGUUCCUUGACGAGCUGUUGCCUGUGCUUCCUGUGAGCUUGCAGACAGUGGACGCCCUGUUGGCUCCGUUCUUCACUGUGCUGGAGAAGUCGUCCGACCGGGUGAUGAUCAGUAAGGUGAAGGCAGGGAUAUUUGAUAGGUUUCUGGAGAACGGAAUUCAGCUGCUUGAGAAGUUGAAGAAAGGUGAGGAGGUGGAGAAGGAUAGCGCUGAGGAGAAGCUCGGGAAAGUUGGAUUGUUGUUUGGAUUCAGCAAGAGGUUCCUGGAUAUUGGAGCAAAGGCAGAGACUGUGCAAUCGAACCGGAAGGUGAUCUUUGGGUUGAGGGAUGCAUUUGUGAAGGUGGAGAAGGGUUUGGAGCUAUCUGGUGUUGAAAUUCCUGUGCCCAAGUUUGAGGCUACUGAGGUGCAAGUGGUGCCAGAUGCAGAUUGCAGCAUGGACUUGUGUGAGGACAAGGCAGAAAAGAAGAAGAAAAAGGCGAAGAAGGCUGCAUUGGCUGAAGGUGAUAAAGAGGGGGCCAAGGCUUUGAAGCGGGAGAAGAAGGUGAAGAAAGAGAAGAAGGUGAAGAAAGAGAGGAAAAAAAAGAAGGUGGAUGUUGUUGAAGGAGGGGAUGCUGCGGACCAGAAUACAGAUGCGCAUGCAGAGGACCAGCAGAUGGGUGAUGGUACCAAUGGGAUAACACUUGAUGGGACAUUUCUGUCCAAUCUCCAGAAGCAGUUUGAGAAGGCUGCGGCAGAAGAUGGUAUGGUUGAUGGGGGUGGCAGCUCGAGUACUUCACCAGCGACGCCAGUCAAUGGAAAAGUGGCAAAGAAGAGGAAGCGGUCAAAAUCUGUUGAUAGGUUGUCUGAAGCAUCUGAUGGCGAUGAUUGUAGCGAAGGUAAUCUUCUUACCCAGGACGGAGAGAAGAGUGGUAAGAAGGUGAGGUUCUCGAUGAAGAAUAAUAUAGUUUGGAAACCUCACAAUCCUUUGCCACCGCAGUGCCUGAGGCUGCCACCUUCGGCUACACCAAGAGGAAGUGCUCUAAAAAAGGGAGUUCAACCAGGGCCCAUAAAAGAGACCCCUACACCAUUGAAGAAGGCUAAGCCGAAGGCAAAAUCUGCGAAGAAGGUCUUGAAGAAGAAACCUUUAUCUGCUGUGAAGCGCUUGCGGAAGUUGCAGAGCUUCUCAGCAUGAGCUAUUCAACGUAUGACGCAAUGAUGGUCAUAUGGUUGUGUCUUUUUUGUUUUGUUUUAUCAUUACUUAAUUCUUGUUCACUUUGUAGGCUAGUCUUAUACUGUGUUAACUGUGCUGCCAUAUCAUAUUUGAUGGAUUGUUUAAUGAUUUGUCUUGUCAUUGUGCGUUCACGGUAAUCAUGUGGUGAUUGCAAUGAUAAUACUAGCUCUUAUGAUUUUUGUA